AUGGCUUGCUUCUUUCUUUUACAACAUGGGGUUGACUUUCUUCUAGGGUGGCAUAUGCCCGUCAUGAGGGAGAUCCUCUCCAGCUGGUACUGCAGCUUUGGCAAAUGUUGUGCGACGGGAGACUGCAGGGUGACCAACAACGUCACAGGAUUGGAGCUGGAUCUUAGCAGGCGACUUCAUGGACAACACUUGGCAAGAGAUGUUGUUCUGAAAGCAGUUCAAGGCUUCCUGGAGACACCCCAGCCAGAAAAAGCCUUGGCCCUUUCUUUCCAUGGCUGGUCUGGUACUGGCAAGAAUUUUGUGGCCCGGCUAAUAGCGGAACACCUUUACCGUGAUGGCCUGAAGAGUGAAUGUGUCAAGGUCUUCAUCUCGUUAUUCCACUUCCCCCAUCCAACAUCUGUGGACUUGUACAAGGUCCAACUGGCAAAGCAGAUCAGUGAGACGGUGCAGUCAUGUCAGCAGUCACUCUUUAUAUUUGAUGAGGCAGAAAAACUUCAUGUCAGCCUUCUAGAUGCCAUCAAACCCUACCUGGAUCACUAUGACAGUGUUGAUAAAGUGGAUUACCGGCGGUCCAUCUUUCUGUUCCUGAGUAACACUGGAGGCAACAUCAUCAACGAGGUAGCCUUAGACUUCUGGCGAGCUGGUCGAGCCCGAGAGGACAUCACCCUGGAGUAUUUAGAACGCUACCUGAGGACGGAGCUGCUGGACUCUGCAGAUGAGGAUUCUGCCUACAGCUGCCUUCUGGAGGAGAACCUCAUUGACUUCCUGGUACCUUUCCUACCCCUGGAGCAUCGCCAUGUGAAGCUGUGUGCUCGGGAUGCCUUCUUGGCCCGGGACCUACAGUUCACUGAGGAGGCCCUGGAUGAGGUUGCAAGGAUGAUGGUGUUUGUUCCCAAAGAGGAGAAGCUUUUCUCUGCCCAAGGUUGCAAAUCGGUCUCCCAGCGCAUAAACUACUUCCUGCCCUGA